UUAUAUACAGGAACCUGAUACUUCAAACUCUCUCUUAUUUUCUCUCUCCUGCUCUCACUCUCAAAUCUAUCUGUGAAUCCUUAUAUACACAUAAACAACAUCUUAUUGUCUGUAUUUUCUAUAUGAUAGCAUGGAGAGAGCAAUUUUCAGCUUGUUAUAUAGGAAAGAGAUACAUAUAUAAACAUAUGUAUGUAUGUAUGUAUCUGAAUUGCGUUGCAGCAGAGUCGUUCAGACAAGCAAUCCAUGGCUAGAAAGCGACUUGGAGAAUAACCCAUCAUCAUCAUCUCUUCACGAGAUAUUUUGCUUUUGCCACUCACUGCCUCCUGUUUAUUGACAAAUCGUGUUUAGUUUAUAUCCAGAGCUGGGGAUUCUCUUUUUCUGGGCUAUACCCUUUGCUACAAAACAACGAUCAGGGAUCAGUUUUCUCUUUGGUUUUUUCUUGCUUGGAGUUUUCUUCUUUCUCAGCUGUCAUGUUUCCCACAGCUAUGUCCAAUUCCACUUCUUUGUCUGAAGAAGCUAGUACCACUGUUUCUUCUUGUACCAGAGUUGUUCAAGACUUUUGUGCCUUAAUCCCUAUUGUUUCAACCAUUUCUCCACAGCAGCAACCACAAAAUAUCAAGAAGAAAAGAAGCCUCCCAGGGAAUCCAGACCCAGAUGCUGAAGUGAUUGCUUUAUCUCCGAAGACACUAUUGGCUACCAACAGAUUUGUGUGUGAGAUCUGUAACAAAGGUUUCCAACGAGAUCAGAACCUUCAACUCCAUAGAAGAGGCCAUAACCUUCCGUGGAAACUGAAGCAAAGAAACAACAAAGAGAUCAAAAAGAGAGCUUAUGUUUGCCCUGAACCUACAUGUGUCCACCACCAUCCGUCAAGGGCUUUAGGUGAUCUUACUGGCAUUAAAAAGCAUUAUUGCAGAAAACAUGGAGAGAAGAAAUGGAAGUGUGAGAAAUGCUCAAAGAUUUACGCUGUUCAAUCUGAUUGGAAAGCUCAUACUAAGACCUGUGGAACAAGAGAAUACAGAUGUGAUUGUGGAACCCUUUUCUCUAGGAAAGACAGCUUCAUAACUCAUAGGGCAUUUUGCGAUGCAUUAGCUGAAGAAAGUGCAAGGCUUUCCGCCAACCAACUAGCUGUGGCCGCCGCCACGAAUCCAGCUCUCCAUCAUUUGACAUCCCAAGCCAACCCCACCACGAAUCCUUCUUCUCUUUUCCCCUUUGAAACCCAUAUAUCUCUCAACCCAUGGGUCGACCCUACUCCAACAACUAACCCUAACCCUAAUAAUCCACUUCAUGUCAAGCCCGAGUCUCACCAUUUGGCACCAUUCUUCCAAGAAGCGCUGCCGCCUCAAAAGACGCUCAUCACCUCACCCUUUCAAAGCCUCCAUGUCAGCAACAACGCUCCAUCCAUUGCUGCUGCUGCCACGUCGACCUCUCCUCACUUGUCGGCCACUGCGUUGCUUCAAAAGGCUGCCACCGUCGGUGCAACCGCCACGCAGAUAAACAACAAUAACAACGGCAUGGAUUUCUUUGGUUUCGCGUCCGGGAACCUGGCCACGUGGCAGAAGAGCAGCGACCGUUUCACCAGGGAUUUUCUAGGUUUGACCGGAGACCAUCAUCAGCCUCAUGGUGGUGGCGGCGGCAAUGGGAAUGUUAGUGUUAGCAUGAACGUGAAGGAUGUGCUAACAUACGCGGGGGAAGUGGAGUUGCAGCAGCACUUUGAGAGAGACCACUCGCUGUUGAAACCCCAAGGUUUUGGAUUCGCUGAGCCUGCCUCCGAAACAUGGGCUGAUUGUUGAAGCCGAAAAAAGGGUAAAAGAUAAAAUAAUUUAGGGGAAAAAAGAAGGGCAAUGAUAGUAAACCAUGGACUCGCCUGUGACCAUCUCCUCUUCAGGGCCUUUUUCCUUUUUCUUUUUGGAGUUGAAUUUCCAAAAAAAAAAAAGGUCACUUGUUUAUUAUUUGCAUUUUGGUUAAAUUAAUUUUGCCUUUUUUUGAAAUUAAAUAUCUGGACUAGUGUUCAAUGGUAUUAAAGCUGUGUUUGUGCCUAUCUUCUUUUAUGGUCAAAUGGAAAUGGCAUUGUUGCCGGGCA